AUGAGCACUCCAACUGAAGAGGUUUUAAGGGAGAAAGAAGAAGAAUCUGCUGAUCUAAAAUCCACUAUCCAAGAAGUCUCUGAUCAUCUAAAAGAAUUCAAGUAUGACAGUUGGAUUUCACAGUUGAGAAGAUUGGGGAAGCUGGUCUAUAAUUUUGCCGAAUGGUAUUUCCCGUCAAGUGAACAAGAGAAAAUCUCUGACCUGGAGCAUCAUGUUGAUUUGUGCAUCAAAGUCCUCGAAUCAGUUCCUCAAGGUAUGGGUAAUCCAGAAGAAGAAAACAAUGCAUUCAAUUUUAUUUAUCAAAUCCAACUUAAUCCGUGUGAGCGGAUUGCGUGGUUGUGCCUCUACUGUUGCGUUGCCAAGAAAAAGGAUAUCGAUAAGGCUAAAAAAUGCUACCAGACUAUCUUCAAACUGAUUAAGGGUGGGGAAAAUAGCAUAGUUUUAGAUCGAUUUGCAGACCUUGAACGCCUGUUUUCACGAGCCCAUUACAUUGAAGAAAGCAUCAAAUAUGCCAAAAGGGCACUCGUUCUGAAUAGCAAGGAUGACAUUUGUUCAUAUGUCUUAGGAAAUGCAUACUUCGAUUAUUUUCGUCUGACUGGAGGAUGGAAUCACUGUAAACUUCAACUGGCAUUAAAGGCAUACGAGAACUGUAAAAAAAAUGCUGCAGAGAAGUCACACCCAUAUAUUGAGUACGAGCUUAGCAUGGUGAACCGAUUUCUGGAAAAUUACAAGAUGUCCCUAAAUGGAUUUUCAUAUGCUGCAUUAAUGAAUCCUUGUGAUGCUUUACAUCAAAGGAAAGUGACGCUCCAGCUUCUUGACAACAUUAUUGAAGGAUUACUUCAGGGUAAGCCUAAUGAGAAGAAUAAAAGGAAGCGUAAGCGAAAGAGUAUUCGAGUAGACAGCCAGAAGCUAUUACGUGCUGCUAGAGGUCUAGGUCCUGUAUGCAACCGCAGAACCAUAGAUCUCUUAAUUGAAGGCCUGAACUUUCUGGUUAUAGCAUCAGUAGAGUCCUUAGUUAAGUAUGAGUAUCAAACUCCAGUAUACUAUAUGCUCUGUGACCGUCAGAUGAACAGUUUUAUACUUACAGUGUCCGGCAUACAGAAGGAAGCAAUUGAACCAGGAGAUGUGGUCACACUAUUGGAUCCCAUUUGUAAAUUUGUUUAUUUUGAAUGGGAACCCCCCUUCAGAAUUGCAUAGAAUUGUUUUUUAUUCGUCAUUGACGAAUUAUUCAUUAGAAUCGACAAGGUAGCGAAAUUCCUUGUCGGGUAAGUUCCGACCCGCACGAAAGGCGUAACGAUCUGGGCACUGACCCCGACGGAUCAUUCCUUUUUCCGA